AUGGAUAAAGCUGCGUUCUUUCUAAGAUUCCAAAACAUUGUAGAGGAAAAGGAAGAAGAUUUGGGAGAGAAGAUGGCGGAGAUGUUGACAGAGAUAUUAGGAAAGGACAAACAGGAAACAAGGAGAGACAUAGACGAAACAUAUAGAGUAUAUACAAAUUAUGCACAAAGGCAUAGAUUAGCAAGAGAGUGUGAAGUAUUUGGAGGCUUGGCAAUUAGAAACAAGGAGAAAGGGCUUGUCUCUUUCAAACAUUUGAUUGGAGGCCUGGAUGAUGUUUCCAAUAAAGCAUAUGAGGAUGCUGAAGCAAAAGCAAAAUAUGAAGCCGAAGCUGCCUUCUUCGCCAAUCUGAAGCUGUCAGACUUCAACAUCAUUGACACUCUCGGAGUUGGAGGUUUUGGCAGAGUUGAACUGGUGCAGUUGAAAAGUGAUGAAUCAAAAACCUUUGCAAUGAAGAUACUAAAGAAACGCCACAUAGUAGACACGAGACAGCAAGAACAUAUACGCUCAGAAAAACAGAUCAUGCAAGGCGCUCACUCAGAUUUUAUUGUGAGGCUAUAUAGGACAUUUAAGGACAGCAAGUAUUUAUAUAUGUUGAUGGAAGCCUGUUUAGGUGGAGAGCUUUGGACAAUUCUCAGGGACAGAGGUUCAUUUGAAGAUUCUACAACCAGAUUUUAUACAGCUUGUGUGGUAGAAGCUUUUGCCUAUUUGCAUUCCAAAGGAAUCAUUUAUAGGGACCUCAAGCCAGAAAACCUCAUCCUAGAUCACCGAGGUUAUGCCAAAUUGGUCGAUUUUGGUUUUGCAAAAAAAAUAGGAUUUGGAAAGAAAACAUGGACUUUUUGUGGAACUCCAGAGUACGUAGCCCCAGAGAUCAUUCUGAACAAAGGUCACGACAUUUCAGCAGACUACUGGUCACUGGGAAUCUUAAUGUAUGAGCUCUUGACUGGCAGUCCACCUUUCUCAGGCCCAGAUCCCAUGAAAACAUAUAACAUCAUACUAAGGGGGAUUGACAUGAUUGAAUUUCCAAAGAAGAUUGCCAAAAAUGCUGCUAACUUAAUUAAAAAACUAUGCAGGGACAACCCAUCGGAAAGAUUAGGUAACUUGAAAAAUGGAGUCAAGGAUAUUCAAAAACACAAGUGGUUUGAAGGUUUUAACUGGGAAGGUUUAAGAAAAGGUACAUUGACACCUCCUAUUAUACCAAGUGUUGCAUCUCCAACUGAUACAAGCAAUUUUGAUAGCUUCCCUGAGGACAACGAUGAACCACCACCUGAUGACAACUCAGGAUGGGACAUAGACUUUUAAUGUU